CCGAUAAUCGCAAUUAACUUAGCCCAAAAUACAAAGUAGAAAUGAAUAAAGGUCAUGACGAUAGCUUUGAUUUGGCAUUAGCCAACUUGGAGUUACCGACAGCAGCCAAGGUACCCAAAAAGGAAAAUACACAAUUGGUAGGAAAAGAAGACAAUUUAACUAAUAAAACAUCGUGUUCGAGCACCUCAAAAUCCUCUGCAGCAAAUCCUCAUUGUAUACUUGUGCAUCCCAAGCAACGUGGUAAUCCGAUUUUAAAAUCAAUAUUAAAUGCUCCUUUAGAGUUUCGCGAUGAUAUUAUACCUGAUUAUGUAGUGGGUCGUACCACUUGCAUUCUGUAUUUGUCCCUAAAAUAUCACAAUUUAAAUCCCGAUUACAUUUGUCAGCGUCUCAAAGAACUGGGUAAGCAAUACGAGCUAAGAGUGCUAUUGGUUCAGAUAGAUACUCCAGAACCGCACAACGCUUUGAAGAGCCUAACGCGUAUUAGCUUAUUGGCGGAUUUGACUUUAAUGUUAGCUUGGAAUGCCGACGAAGCUGGAAAAAUGAUCGAAACUUACAAAUUAUUUGAGAAACGUCCACCAGAUUGGAUAAUGGAAAGAGUGGAAUCUAAUCCUCAUCAAAAGUUGGUAACUGCGUUAAGUAACAUUAAACCGGUUAAUAAAACCGAUGCCGUUACCUUGCUACAAAAUUUCGGUAAUUUAGAAAAUUUAAUAAACGCCAGCGAAGACCGUUUGUCUCAGGUUAUUGGAUUAGGGCCGAGGAAAGCAAAAAAAUUGUAUAAAACACUGCAAGAGCCAUUUCUAGCAAAAUAAAGCUUUUCCAAACACCGUUUGUAUUUUAUUUAUUAAAUUGGAAUCAAUUCAAAAAAAGGAAAUUCUUUGGCUGUUUUUAUUCAACAUA